AUGGACCGCAUCGAGCAGUGUAUGAGGCAGAUGAGAGUGUCAGAUGGAUCAGUUGUUUGGGACGAUUUUGGGGGUAUGCCGGUAGCCAGUUUGCCGGCUAAGUUCAGGAUGCCAGAUAUUGAGAGGUACACUGGUAUCGGUUGUCCACGCAUCCAUCUCCGACUGUACAGCACCGUGAUGAGGGCUCAUGGACUGGACGAGCCUCAGAUGAUCACUCUUUUCCCCCUAUCUCUGAGUGGGGCGGCUCAGCGCUGGUUUGCGUCUCUGGAGUCCUCGAGACGCCGUACAUGGGAUGACUUGGCCCAGGAGUUCCUACGACAGUUUUCGUUUAACACUGUUAUAGACGUAUCGAGGAGAGAGCUCGAGGCUCUGAGGCAGAGGACAGAGGAGUCCCCGAGGAUCGCCAGACAUGUAGUCGGGGUCCCGUUCACAGAUUUUGGGUCUCUGGUUAUGGCUUUAUAUGAUGUCGAGGACGGCAUCACAAGAGGUUUAUGGGCAGAUUCUUCCCCUAGUGAUGUUAAGGGGAAGAAACCAUUCAUAGGACCGAGACCGACAGAGUACAGGCCACGGGCACCUCGUCCAGCUUACGAUCAAACACACAUGCCACAGACAUUGGUUUUACCUUCUUAUGCCACUCAGGGCAUUGAGAGACCCGCGGUCUCCUACACACCCACUGGACAGCCAUGCUACGCUGCACAGUUCACUCCGAGGCCCGCACCUUUAUACCCUGGGCCUCGAGCUCAGCAGACCUCUGCUCCGUUUGCUUCGAGGACGCAGAGACAGUUUUCACAGAUAGGCAUGCCGUUGAGCCAGGCUCUUCGGAAGCUUAUAGAGACCGGUUUGUUGACUGCUCUCACCCCUCGGCCACUACCUCAGCCUAUUCCAGCUCAGUUUAGGAUGGAUUUACACUGUGCUUAUCAUCAAGGACCUGGACAUGAGACCGAUCGAUGCACCGCUCUGAGGCACGCUAUUCAGGAUCUGAUAGACCAGGGUUUGGUACACUUGGGCCAGCCGAGUGUGACCACAAACCCGUUGCCGACCCACACCACACAUGCAGUUCCUCCACCAGCCGGUGGUAUUCAUUUCUUGGACUUCGAUGAGACUGAUGAUCAUGUCCAUAUGUUGAGUUGGGAUGAUCCAGACCCAGAGCCUAUCAUGCCAGCUGGGAUUUACGAGACGAGUGGGGUGACUCUAGAGCCACAGAUGCUUGCUCCAUUCCGACUAGUUCCUGAGGCAGCAUCUGUACAGGCGGCCACUUCUGAGCCUCUGACAUUCACACGCUAUAGCGUUCAGGCGCCGUACAUUCUGAUCCCAGAUGUUGAGGAGGUUCAGGCUCCACACAGUGAUGAUCCUCAGACUCUGGACGUUCAGUAUAUCCUCCGGGGAGGGAGAGUAGUGAGACAGCCACCUCCCGCGGCAGCUAGGCCAGUUGAGGGUACAUUUGCUUCCCAGGAGGAGGUCAGAGCAGAGGAUGACGGGAUUUUGAGGCAGUUGCAGAGCACUCAGGCUCGUAUUUCUAUCUGGAGCCUUUUAGCGUCCUCUAGUACUCAUCGAGAUGCACUGACUCGAGCUUUGAGCCAGAUCAGAGUUGAUACCACGACCACUCCCGAGGGACUCAUUCAUAUGAUGACGGCUGGUAGAGCCACUUGUAUUGUCUUUUCCGAUGAUGACUUGCCACCGGAGGGCUCAGACCACACUCGCCCGCUCUACAUAUCUGUUGGCUGUUCAGGCCGUCGAGUCCCAUCUGUCCUCUUGGACAAUGGCUCGGCCCUGAACGUAUGUCCUCUUGCCAUUGCCAUCGCCCUUGGAUACGGUCCUUCUGAUUUUGGUCCCUCUACUCAGACCGUUCGCGCAUAUGACAGUACUCGGAGGGAGGUCAUGGGUACAUUAGAGAUCGAGUUGCUGAUCGGUCCGGCCACUUUUGUCGCUAUAUUCCAGCUUUUGAGGAUUCCUACAUCCUUUAACCUGCUUUUGGGCCGACCAUGGAUCCACCGAGCCGGGGCCAUUCCUUCUUCCCUUCAUCAGAAGGUGAAGUUUAUUCACGAUAGUCAGAUCGUCGUGGUGUAG